UCCGUUUUUUCAUCUUUUUCAUCUUUUCAUUAUUUUUUUUCUUCCCGAUUUUUGUAUUGUCGCGAGCCUGUUCGGACGUCAGUUAUAAAAAUGAAACCGUCGUUCACCUUUCCUGUUUAAUCCCGAAUACAAAUUUUAUUCGAACUUGGCGACUCUUGUUAUAAUGGACAUUUUCUUUCCGGUUCGUCUUGUAACCAAUAACGGAACUUAAUGGGCCUUGUCGACUCGACAAAUAACAAACGUUCUGUAUGCAGAAAUGCGUCUUUCGAGUGCUUCAGUCUUCAGUGCUGCAGGGGAGAGGGAGAAGUCGGGUGCCACACCCCAUCCGUACACCUCCUUGUCGCCCUUUUAUUAGAAAUGCAAACUACCUGAAUUCUGUUAAUUCGCCAAAAACCUCUUCCUCGUUUAGUGUCACUCCUUAUAGCGAGGAGCACGUGAGAACCGCAAAUACAUCCCGAUUUUAAAUUGUUGAUGAAGGGUGAAAGAAUACGAUGGGUGGGAAACACUCUAAAAGAUCUGUUGAUAUAUCAACACCAUCUGCUGAAAAGGACGAUGUUUCUGAGAAAGUAGAAGGUGACAACAAAUUACAAAACGGCACCUUUCACAUUGAGGAGUUGAAUGAAAAGGAGGAGAAGCCCAAAGAUCAGUGUGAAAAUACAGAAGAGCAGCCGCAAAAUGAAAGCGAUGCCGACAAGAAAUUAGAAACGACAAACAAUAAGAAAAAAAAGAAGUGGUCUUUUCGAUCAUUAUCAUUUUCUAAGAAGGACAAAUCCAAGCCUGCCAUGGUAAAAGAAGAAACGAAGCCAGACGAACUUGCUCCAAGCAAGUCAUCACAAGAGGAAACUGAAACAGUCGAACAGAAAGAGGAUUGUGAGGAAUCCCAGGACAAUUUGCAUCCUGCCGAAGAAAGUAGUACAGAAGCAAAAAAGUCCGAGGAUAAACUUGAAAAUCCUGAAGAACUUCAGGCAGAACCAACCAAGCCAAUGAAAGAGGAUGAAAACUUGGAUUCAGAUCCUGCAAUCCAAUCCGAUAGAAAAGAAGAACCCGACGAUGUAACAAAUAAUGAAAGAAAAGAUGAAUCGGGUGUUGAAAGCGUUCAACCAAAUAAUGAAAGAAAAGAAGAUUCUGGCGUUGAAAGCUUUCAAGCAAGUACUGAACAAAAAAUAAUACUAGAAGAAAAAUCAAUUGAAGAAGAGUCAUCCGAGACCAAAAUUGAAAAAACAAGUGUAAUAAAAACAAAUAAUAUCUCUAUCACCGAGAUAUCAGUAUUGAAAACAGAAUGUACCCAAGAAAUAAACAUGAAAAUUGAAGGGUCAUUAGCGCUCAACGAAAGUUUAGAUCUAAACAAUGAAACGGAGGAGAUAAAUGGAGCUGGGGAAAGUCUAGCCGACGAAUUGUUUGAUGAUAACAAUGAGGGAGUAAAAGAAAAUGGUCUGCCCGAUGCCAAGGACCUCAAAACAAUCCAGGUAUUAGGAGAGAGCGAAGUGCAACAAAAUGGAGAAAAUAUUACAACAAAAGCAGAUUAGAUAGAUAAAAGUCAACGUUCGGAAAUCAAUUAAUAAAUUCUUGUGUAUGCAUGCAUCAAGUGUACCAUUUAUAUCAUUAUUAUAUCAUGGUAUAUUUAUAUAUAUAAAUAUAAAUAUAUCGUUUAAUAUUUUAAAAAUCUCUUUCAGAGACAUGAUCUGUGAUGCCUCAAAGAAAUAAGAAAUUAUUAAGCAAAUAAAAAAUAGCCACAUAAUUAGUCGAGUCCAUAUCAAAGACUGUUUUAGGGCUCAGGUUUUUCACGUUUUCUAUUCAGCCAACAAGCUAAUACAAUUUAGAUGAACAAUUUUAGACAUUUUUGAAACAGUUUCUCCACCUUGUGCCUUCGGGAAUGACACUACUCUUGGCAUUAUUUUCUCUUUUUUUUAUAUUUAUUUAAAUUUUUUUUUUAAAUCAAAUUUCAAAAUCAAUUUAAUGUGGACCAACAUUCUUUCACAUCUUUACUGAAGGCAUCACAUCGUUUCAAAAUGUAAACUGUUUUAUACGUUUGUACAAGAAAAAUUUAAAAAUGUAUAAAAUCUAAACUCAAACAAAAACUCACCGACAACACUUUUUUUAAUUAAUUAAGAAUUGUAUAUUUAAAAUGUUACGAAACGGGACUUGGUGAUAUUUUGUUUGAUGAUAAUAUUGAUAACUUAAAAUUUUGUAUAAUAGUUUUGGGCAUAUAUCAUUGCUUCUUUCCUUUUUCUUUCUUU